AAGAAAGCAAAUCGUCUUUCUCUGAAAGCUUUUCCAACUUGGCUGAACUUUUAACUUCCUCUGUUUUAAAGUCGUCUAUCGCAAGCAAAGAUGUCAACUACAUCACGGUGAUACACUUGAAAGAGAAAAACAUAAAAGGCAAAAGUAAAAUAAAAAAAGAUACUGAAUUAUUAGUAUUUUCUUUUUGUUAUAUUUUCUCUAAUCUUUUUCUUUUUUCGGAGAAGACGAUCAAAUUCGAUCCUUUGCCAGUCUUCAGGAAAUGAUAAAGAUAAUUUUAAUUUAAAUCUAUUAAAGGGUUAGAGAGAGAAAGCAAAAAACAAGAGAUGGGUUCUUCUGGGAUGCUAGCAAGAAGGGCUUUGCUAACUAAUACCCCUGUUAUGGUUGAGAUACAAGAGCUGAUCCGAGGUGUGAAAGAUUGUGUCUCUCUAGCUCAGGGUGUUGUAUACUGGCAGCCACCCAAACAGGCACUAGAAAAAGUGCAAGAACUUGUUUGGGAGCCUUCGACUAGUCGAUAUGGUGCUGAUGAAGGCCUGCCUGAGCUGAGGGAGGCUCUAAUGAAAAAGUUACGUGAUGAAAACAACUUGCGUAAUUCCUCAGUAAUGGUGACUGCUGGAGCCAAUCAGGCAUUUGUGAAUAUUGUUCUUACAUUAUGCGAUGCUGGGGACUCUGUUGUGAUGUUUGCCCCAUACUACUUCAAUUCAUACAUGUCAUUCCAGAUGACUGGAGUCACUGACAUUCGUGUGGGUCCCGGGGACCCAACUACACUUUAUCCAGAUGCAGACUGGUUGGAAAAGACAUUACUUGAAACAGAACCGACUCCAAAGCUUGUAACUGUUGUAAAUCCUGGCAAUCCAUCAGGAACUUUCAUACCCGAAUCUCUUCUCCAGCGGAUUUCAGAUAUUUGCAAAAACGCUGGAUGUUGGCUUAUUGUAGACAAUACAUACGAGUAUUUCAUGUAUGAUGGGCGAAAGCACGUGUGCCUAGAGGACAAUCACAUAGUCAACAUAUUUUCGUUUUCGAAAGCUUAUGGGAUGAUGGGAUGGCGAGUUGGAUAUAUUGCAUUCCCCACAAAAGUAGAAGGAUUAGCAGCCCAACUCUUGAAGGUCCAAGACAACAUUCCCAUUUGUGCCUCGAUAAUUUCCCAACGUUUGGCACUCCAUUCAUUGCAAUUGGGGCCUGAAUGGGUAAGAAGCCAAGUGAAAGAGCUCGUUAAAAAUCGGGAGCUCGUUUUAGAUGCAUUGUCUCCAUUGGGUGAAAAUGCAGUGAAAGGAGGAGAAGGUGCCAUUUACUUGUGGGCCCGACUCCCGGAAAAAUAUGAAGACGACUUUGAAGUUGUGCGGUGGCUGGCGAAAAAGCAUGGGAUUGUGUUAAUCCCGGGUUGCUCGAGUGGGUGUAAGGGCUUUGUAAGGAUCUCGUUUGGGGGAUUAGUCGAGGAGGAGUGUCGUGUGGCGUCACAGAGGCUUAAGAAGGGAUUGCAACAGUUGGUGAGUGAAGGCAUGCUGCCAUGACUUAGUUGACCAAACUUUGUUCUUCUCUUUCAACUGGUUAUUGGAGUGUAAAAGUUGUCAUUGGUAUUAAGAAUUAAUUGUGUCAUACAAUAAUAAUAAUAAUAAUAAUA